CCCGCCUCUUCUCGCCCGCCGUCAAACCCUUACCAAGGGCCGCUGAACUCCUCGCCGCUCGCGCUCUCGACGCCCGCGUCUUUUGAGGCGAAUCAGCGCCUCCGAUAAGCGCCAUAGUCCGGUUGUCGAAGGAUCGAGAAGUGGCCCACCAUGGUGAAGCCUCUGGUAUCUGCCAUGAAUGCGUGGACAUGCAUGGUCGUGUCCAUAUUCGCCAUCGUCAUUCUCUCCAUUAUUGGGUCGCUGUUCAAAUCGAAUAGCCACAUGGUGAUGGGAUCAGACGAGGAUCCAAAGGACGGCGGUGCUGUCGCAGGCGCGGUGUUCGGAGCAGUAAUCAUAUAUGCAGGCUUCUUCGUCUUCUGCGGUUUCCAAGCCCUCCUCCACCUGCGCGAAAGCCGACGCGGCGCGAUAAGCCUAUCAUGAGCCCUCCAUUCAUCGUACCCUCCUCUGCAAUCACCCAAUCUACCACACACUGAAAUUCUGAGACUGUCCAAGUGGCAUAGUCUCACACGUCACUACAGCUUACGUCAUCACAACUUUCCUAGCUCUUACCGUGCUUCUGGACAUAGCGAAGUAGGAUCUUUGUACUUGUUUAGAACAUAUGGGCGUUUGAUUAGCAGCAUCGGCUUCAUUACUUGGCAUGGCAUAGGAUCUGUACCUGCCUUGGCUUGGCGCGACUAUAUGCGAGCAAUAAACUUACUCCCAUGACAGAAUUUCCCAAUAGUUCGUGCUUCACGACCUCUUUUAAAACCCCACAC